AUGUUGAAGACGUACUCAAGUUCCAAGACGAGGGCGGCACGGCGGAGUGGGAAGCACGGGACAAUGGCCGUGGAGGCCAAUGAUCAGUCGAAUCAGUGCUUAGCUCCUCGCUCGGCAGAGGAGGCCGAGCAGCAGCGGCUACAGGUAGCUGACUUCCUCAAAAAUGGUCUGCAGGACGAUAUCGUGCUUGACAACAAGGCCAAGGACGAGCUGCUUAGAAUACCUCCUCAUGAGGCCAUAAGCCUCAUGCUGAAGCUGACGGCGAAUGACAUUAGGAACCCCUCCGCCUUUGUCACGAAGGCGUGUAGGGAGAUCUUGAAGCACGUGGACAGUGAUCCCUAUGCCAAACAGGCAGCCAACGGCCAUGACGCCGAAGGUCCAGGAUCGAAUGAGCGGUCGCAGUCGAGGAGGCCGUCUGCCCGAAACCAGGCUGCCUAUGGCGACAAUGCCGCGGCUUCCUCGGAGUGGCGGUCCAUGCCCUUGGAUCAGUGGUUGCGAAGUGUCGACCAUGGCAAGGGCUUCCUUCUGCAGUAUGAGCAAGCCCUGCAGUCCAACUACGACACGUUGGAGCAGAUCAUGGACCUCUAUGUCACGACUGGCGAUGAUGGAAAAGCCACCAUUGACCAGCAGUUCUUCUCGGACCUGAGCGUGGAGAAGGUUGGCCACAAGCGGCUCUUUGAGAAGUGGUUCAAUGAGCACCGGGAUGAGCUGCUCUAG